AUGGAGAAUGAAACGUGGAACCAGCCCUAUGUCCCUCACUACCUGCUCAGAGAAGACCCCUUCAGUUCCAAACUGUCCCCCGAGGCCGACAUCGUGGCAGCCCUCUAUGUCUUCAUCAUAGGUGUGCUGUCCGCCACUGGGAAUGGAUAUGUGAUAUACAUGAGCAUCACACGCAAAACCAAAUUGAAGCCUCCUGAGCUGAUGACCGUCAACCUGGCGAUAUUUGACUUUGGGAUAUCAGUGACAGGAAAGCCCUUUUUCGUUGUGUCCAGUUUGGCGCACCGCUGGUUGUUUGGAUGGGAGGGAUGCUCGUUCUACGGCUGGGCGGGCUUCUUCUUUGGCUGUGGGAGCCUCAUCACCAUGACGAUGGUCAGCUUGGACCGCUACCUGAAGAUCUGCCAUCUUAGCUACGGAACGUGGCUGAAGCGGCAUCACGCCUUCCUGGUGUUGGUGUUUAUCUGGGUGUAUGCUGCAUUCUGGGCCACGAUGCCCCUGGUGGGCUGGGGUCACUAUGCGCCCGAGCCGUUUGGGACCUCGUGCACACUGGACUGGUGGUUGGCUCAGGCCACUGUGUCAGGACAAAGCUUCGUCCUGUCCAUCCUCUUUUUCUGUCUCAUCCUGCCCACUAUUGUCAUAGUCUUCUCCUACGUCAAAAUAAUCUUUAAGGUCAAGUCAUCUGCAAAAGAGAUCUCUAACCUGGACGCACGAGUCAACAAAAGCCAGAAUCUGGAGAUGAAGCUCACAAAGGUGGCCAUGUUGAUCUGUGCUGGAUUCCUAAUAGCCUGGAUUCCUUACGCCGUGGUGUCGGUGGUGUCUGCAUUCGGAGAGCCAGACUCGGUGCCCAUCCCGGUCUCUGUCAUCCCCACGCUGCUGGCCAAGUCCUCGGCCAUGUACAACCCCAUGAUCUACCAACUGGUGGACCUCAAACAGUCCUGCACCAAAUCCCCCUGCUUCAGGGCCAUGACCAAACGCAACAACUUCAGGAAAUCCAGAUUAUACACCAUUACGGGCUCGCUGAAGGACGCCGCUGCAGCCAAAGACACUCAGGUGGAGAUGUGA